ACAAUACGGUCGACGCAAAGCGACGCGAUAAUUGACGACAAGAAUAUCUCGUCAAAAUCAAAUCUCGCUAGCGCUUUUUUUGCGGGAGUUUUGUAUAAAUUAGACUGUAAUUACUCUACUCGAGAAUAUAAUUGACAAGAAGGUAUCCACAUUUUUAACAUUCACCAGUACUAGACUGCAGCUACACCGUGUCUGUAGCUGUAGCGUAGCUUAGCCUUAGGCCGUGUCUACUGGACUCUUGUGUGACCAAUGUGGCUGUGCUGGUGCUGAGAGCUAGAGUCUCGCAGAAUUUCAGGAGCAACUAACAAGUGCAGUGCAAGUGAAUGCAGUGGUGACUGACACUGCACUGACACUGUGACAGUGACAACUUUUGAAUUGAAGCUGAGCUGAAUGAAGAAAACAUCAUGGAUCAACCGAUUGUGAAUAUUCCUGAGGAAGUUUUGAGCUCACUUUGCACACGUUUUCUUAUCAACAUUCCUGAUGAGGAGAGGAACGAUUUAAUACGAGCUUUCUUCCAGAUUGAGCUGGCCCAUUGGUUCUACAUUGACUUCUUCAGAGUUGAGCAACAGGGACUUCCCAAUUGUGGCAUGAAGGAAUUCUCCAAAGCUAUUUUCAAGCAUUGUCCAUUUUUGAUUGACCAUGCUGACAAGGUAGAUAAACUCCAUGCAGAAUGGAGGGAAUACAAGAUGAGUGUUCCAACAUACGGAGGAAUAUUACUUGAUACUUCCCUCACGCAUCUUGUAAUGGUGCAAGGUUUUUUUAGCAGAACGAGCUGGGGAUUCCCCAAAGGGAAGGUCAACAAAGAGGAACUUCCUGUGCAAUGUGCAAUAAGAGAGGUUCGUGAAGAGAUAGGUUUUGACGUCACCAACUACAUUGAUGAAAAUAACUACAUUGAGACAUAUCUGAAUGACCAACUUGCCAGACUUUACGUUGUUCCAAAUAUUCCAAUGGAUGUAGACUUCAAGCCAAUCACACGAGGGGAAAUCAAAGAAGUGCGCUGGUUUUUGAUAAAUGAUCUACCUGCAAGCAAGAAGGAUCCAGCGCCCAAGGUCAACUUAGGUCUCAAUCCAAAUCAUUUCUUCAUGGUCAUUCCAUUUAUCAAACCUUUAAAGAAGAGACUGAACAAGAUGCAGCAAUCUGGUUCUUCAAAUAGAGGUACUUACAGUCCUUCAGCAAUCCUCUCAUCAAACAGCAAUACUCAGUCUCAGAGGACACAAAGCCCAACUCAGGGUAACUACAGACAAAGUGGAGGCAGAGGGCGAGGUGGGAACAACAACCAUGUCGUAAACACCAACGGAGGACCAACUAGCCAAACAACGCCUGAUAGUAACAAAGUAGAGACCAGACGCAAGCAACAGCAGCAAAGCUUCAAAGCACAGAACAUGAAUGCAAUAACCCAAUAUUCCAGGUUUAAAGAUCCUGCUCUAGAUGCCAUGUGGAACAAUCAGGGUGGGGUGGGGCUGAAGCAGAGGCAGAAAAGCCAAGGGGGUGGUGGCCAAGGGGUGGUGGUUAUUCACCCCAGACACCGCAGUCAUCGCAGGAAGCUCCAAAACAAGGGAGACAUAGCAAGGUCCGAAUUCAUGACACUGAUGCUAAUAAACAAAAUCCAGAGACUCUUCAAGGAUCCUCCCCACUUCCGAGCAAGCAAAUCAAUCGCAAACAGGCGCAGGAUAGCCGCCAAUCCAGUCACACCCUCUGCUCUAAAGCAUUCCUCAACUUCAGGUUCGAUGUCAAUGCCAUCAUGAAAGCUUUUGAUGGAAUCAAGUAAAAAGUGUCGGUAUUCAAAGGAUUUAAUCACCUAAACAUCUGCUACAAGACUUCUCUUCACUUCUUGCUCUCCGUAUUAAACCAACAGGGAUCACAGAUCUACGAUUUGACCAUGAUAUACCAUGCAAGUUUCAGACUCUAAAUGGAGUAAUCUUGUGCUGGUCAAGACUCCUAACAACCGGUGGAUUCAUAGAAUAAUGAGAUUACCGUAGUAUGGAUGUAGCCUUUGGACAGCCUAGACACCAGCUGGUGUCAUCUCAGUCAGGUUAAGAACUUUUUUUUCUACGUCCAGUGGAACUUAAGAAUGUAUGGGUUGGCCUGUGGAGAGUAAGUUGAAAGCUGUUACUCUGAGGCAAUUUAUGUGGUCCUAAAUGUUGCGCUUUUGAUGGAUUUGUGGACCACAUCAGGACUCUGGAGUACAACAACUGAAUUGUUUUAAAUUGGAGACUUGAAAUAUGGAUCAAAAGAAAUGCAGGCUUGCUUCAGCUGCUAGAAUAUGAAAAGGACUGAAAUGUACAUGUGUUCAUCUUAUAUUAGAGAGAAAGAAAGAAACAUUGAAAGAGAGGAAAGUUCCAAAUUGUUGGGCUCUGUAAAUUGUCAAUUUGGUAUGCUAUUAUUGCAUUGUGAUGCAUACAGUAUACCCCAAAAGGCAUGGAUUGAUGUCAAGAUCUUGUAGUACAUGUUUGUUAAUAUCUGUACAUCAUGCACCAUAGGAUCUCUUUAAGUGAACUUUUCUUUCUUCUUGAAUAAAAAUGCUAUUAAUACAAACACCUACAACUUUAAUAUACUUCAGUUGCUUGUAACCCCCCCCCCCCCCCUCUCCACCUUCCCUCUCCCCAUCAAACCCACAGUCUCCUAAAUUUUGCAAUCCAAAUUAACAUCUAGGUAUCCUGAAAUGUCAAGGAAACUUGGAAGUUAGCGUAUGCAACUUUUGUUGUCUGUUGAUAUGAUAGGUUAGAGAGGUCUCUUGUUGUCACUGUCGCCCUCCUUUUAUAUCUUGAUCACCCAAGUGCUUCGGAACACUGGCUGACAUAGUCCAUUAUUGCCAUCAAAUAUUAUCUGUAUUGAAGAUUGAGGGUUAUAGACAUAUCACUAGUGCAAAUCGACGUGCAUACAGGCAUUGAUAAUGAAACAAACAUAUCAUUCAGUGGCAUAAUAGAUUUUGGAUGGAUAGUGCAACAAUUGUGCAACAACAAAUAAUGUGUAUACCAUUUUUGUAGAUUUUCAGUAGAAGUGCAAUAUCAGUGCGGAGAAUUGGAAAUGUAUUGUACACAUUUUAGAUAGAGCUUCAAUAUCAUGGUUUUGUUUUCUAAUAUUUUCAACUUUGUAUUGCGCUAUGCAUUUUUUUUAUAUCUUUGAAGUUUGCCUAGAUUUUAUACUUUUUAUCUCAAAACCAAAGGAACCACUGUGUUCUCUCAGUCUUCAAUUUUGUUGAUUAUGUUUCUGUGUGUGUGCAAACAUGUUAGCAUUUAUUACAAGAUGGAAUAAUCAUAGUUGGUCCAUGCAUCCCUCACUCAAAGCUAACUUUUGUAAAAUGAGGCUCUGUUGAUGCAUUUUUUAGUAAUGGUGAAGCAUCUUCCAAACUUAAUCUAUAACAACAAACACUGAGUCAAAUUGUGAUUCAGGAAAUGAAAUUAGAAGGUGACUUAAGUUUUAUCCCAAAAUAUGUUUAUGAAAUGUACACACACAAAACAAACACGAACCAAGGAGAGGCUUGUUUUUUGUUUUCACACAAUACACUGUAAACUAGCAUAUUUUGACUGAAACUUUCCCAUAAAGCAAGGUAAGAUAUACAUAUAUGCAUCAUCAUCAUGUAUAUAUAUAUAUAUGUAUAUAUAUAUAUAUAUAUAUAUAUAUAUAUAUAUAUAUAUAUACACAUACAUAUUUCAGCUUCUUAUGUUUUAUACUCUGAAUGCAAAGAUAAAUAUGUGUUGGAAAUUUGAUAUCGACUCCAUAUUCGAGUUCACUAGUUUAAACAAACUUAAUUAAGAUGCUAGAGAUAGAUUUUUCAAGCUUUGAAGGUUUGUUUAGGUCUUUUGGUAGAUCAUAGAUGCAAUCCCUAGAUUGCAACUUGUCCAUUUUGACGUAUGUAGUGGGAUGCAAGCUCACAGGCUCCAUCAAUAGAGUUUACUUGACCACGCAUCUCUGUAUGCAAGAUAUUUUGUAGUAAAUAUUGUUAGAAAACAGGGUUAACUUUACAUAGGUACAUGCACAUGUACAUGCACAUGUACAUUCACGAUGUAAAUCUUUUGUACCUUUUAUAUCAUUUUCUUAAAUACUCCUAGUUUAUACUUUUAUAAUCUUGAGUUUUUUGAGGCAGUAGAUAUGUUUAUAUUAUGUAUACAGUCAGAGAUCCAAAUUGUCAAGCCUUUUUACCCAAUAUUGUACCAUAAUGGCAUUAGUGGAGGAGUCAAGAAAGCCACAGACAGUUUUUGUAGGGGGAUGCUUCUUAUCUCAAUUUGUGUUGCACUGUCCUAAAUUUAUAUGUAUGAAUAAUGAAUGACACUAUGAAUUUAUGAUGCAGCUUCUCUUUAUAUAGCAAGAUAUUUUGUCCCUUAAAGUUGCUCAAGCGUGGGUAUAUAGAGGGCAGCACACGGACGUACACACGCACAGGAGCAUAAUACCCAUUGGCUCAGUGUUAUGCAGUGAUCGCCAAGUUGCCUACGCGAACGACUAUAUAUCCACGCAUGAUCAUCUUUAAAGUAGAUUACACUUACACUUCAAAUUCAAGGUACACAUGCUGAAUUACAUCAAAAAGAUGUGAUCAAAUGUUGCAGCAUGACAUUUUUGAAUACUUUCCUGUGACAGCAUAAACCUGUACAUUUAGACUAAAAAGUAAAAUUAACUGUUGUCAUUGUACAGUGUGUAAAUAAUCGGUGGAUUUGAUAUAGCACUGUUGAAAGGUACAUGUAUCGUAAAAUGUUUGAGCAAUUGUACUUUUGUGAAGAGAAUCAAGAGAUAACAAAUAUGCCCUAUUUGAUACCCAUUUGAAAUAAAAAAAUGUCAAAGAAUA